AGCAUUUACUUUUCCUGCCAUUUUAUUUCUUUAGCUUGAAAUAAUAAUGUAUAUUUCUUAUUUAAUAAGGUGUAAUCCUUCUGGAGCCACAAGAACUUUAAGCCAAGUCAAAAUGAAACACAAAAACAUUCUGCAAAAAGCUAACAGAAAAAAGACUGAAGCCCGUCUAACUGGCGGGGGGCCACCACCACCUCCCCUCACCCCAUCUGAGGAGCUGGCUCUGUCCCUUAAUAAAGGGCGACCAGUGGUUGCUGGCAUUCCAGGGGGCAGUUCAUCACACAUACUAUGCACCACAAGUGAUGGUGAAAAAAGGGUGAAAUAUACUGAUGGACGGAUUGUAUUAUUGGACUCUCCAGAAAGAACACAGUCUGUCACAGUUGAUGAAGAUGAUGAUGAUGAUGAAGAGACCACAUCUGCUGUGACAGAAGUGGACAAUGCUGGUAGAUCCACUGAGUACAUACCUAGGGAUUUGCCCACAGAUGAGGGUCCUUCAGCCUCAGCACACAAUCUAAGCAGGUUGCCAGCAAAGGAGCUGUAUAAGGUCCAUCUUCAAAAACAAAUAAGAAAAAGUGACAUGGAGAUGGACCUUAUACAGCUUCAAAUGGAAGAGAAAAGGCUCCUCAUUAAAAAAGCAGCACUUGAAAUAGAAUUACUUGAGAAUCGCCUUAAGGAAAUGAAGAAAUAAACUGCCUGGCAGACCAGUGCAAAAAAAACUAAUAAAAGUAAUUUUGACAAA